AUGAUUGAUAUGAAAAAGAAUGGGACACAUCAGGAACUAAUUAUCAAAUCAUCAUUUCCCGCCUUACAAGUGCCUGAAACGGACUGCGUGGGGCUCGUAGACGUGCCGCUGGUUGCCAUGGUGCUGCUGGAGCAGGCUGCAGACCGAGGCUCGGUGCUUUCUAUAGCAUUCCUGUCUAAGUCGGAGGUGAAGAAGGAGUCCGCUGAGUCCAGCCCGUCGGAGGCCGCCUGUCUCUGCUCUCCUCCGGCGGCCAAGAACCAGUGCGCCAGCUGCGGCAUGGAGAUCCACGACCGGUACCUGCUGAAGGUCAACAACUUGAACUGGCACUUGGGAUGUUUGGAGUGUUCGGUCUGCAGAGCGUCUCUGCGCCAGCACAGCAGCUGCUACGUCAAAAACAAGGAAAUCUACUGCAAACUGGAUUAUUUCAGUAGGUUCGGCACUAAGUGCGCCCAGUGUGGCCGGCAGGUGUACGCCAGUGACUGGGUGCGGCGGGCUCGGGGCAGCGUGUACCACCUGGCCUGUUUCGCCUGUUUCUCCUGCAAGAGGCAGCUGUCCACCGGGGAGGAGUUCGGCCUGGUGGAGGGCAGGGUGCUCUGCCGCAGCCACUACGACAUAAUGCUGGACAACCUCCGCAGGGCUGCCGAAAACGGUACAGGACUGACUCUGGAAGGGGCGCUGCCCUCCGAUCAGGACUGCCAACCAAAACCUGCCAAGAGAGCGCGGACAUCGUUCACUGCUGAGCAACUGCAGGUGAUGCAGACGCAGUUCGCUCAGGACAACAACCCUGACGCUCAAACGUUACAGAAGCUGGCAGAAAUGACGGGACUGAGCAGGCGGGUCAUACAGGUUUGGUUUCAGAACUGCCGUGCGCGACACAAAAAGCAGCCGCCCCAGAGCAGCUUCUCUCAGAGCGCUCCGCUGUCCAGGAUGCCUCCUUCGCUGCCAGAAGAUAUCCACUAUUCCCCAUUCAGCAGCCCCGACCGGCCGCAUCUACUCGCCCUUCACGGGUACCUGGACACUCAUCCCUUCUCUGUCCUCGCUGCUCCAGGCCACUUGACCCAUCCGCCCAUCUCUUUACCACAGCUUCCCAUAAGCCGCUGAAGUCCCGGGUCCACUUUUCCACCACUCUGACGAUAUUGUGCCAAAAAAAAAAAAAAAAUCCUUUGGGACAUACUGUCCAUAAUCUACUCUGUUUGGGAGUCUAAUCCUUGGGCAACAGGACCUCGACAAUCUGUUUUCAAUCAGUUGGAUUUCUUCGUUGUGAGACUGCAGAGCUAAACUUGUCUUUUAAAGACAGCAGAUUGUGGUGAUGGGAGAAACGUCCCGCCUCUAUGCCAACACAGGAGUUUUUUUGGUUUGUUUUUUUAUGAUGCAGAAAAGACGACCACUUCUAUUUUAUUUUCCUUUUUAGGACUGGACACAAAACAUCAGGUCAGGAUUUUUUUUCCUUUUGUUUACCCGCUCACACAGGGUAUUUUAAUCAUACUGCUGCAAUAUGAGCUGACAAAAAAGAAGAAAACAGGAGUGUUGUAGCAGCAUUACAGUAAAACCUCAGCAUUUUUUUUAUUUUGUGUCGAUGAUGAGCACAUUUGCAGCUUUACUGUUGUUUGUUGUCGUAUUGUUGUCAGAAAAUGGAAACUCUUAUUUAUUCAGAG